AUGGCUGGUGAAGGUGGCACGUUGGACGUGGCCCAGCUGAUACAAGCAGCUACAGACGCUGCUCGUGCUGCUGCUGAUGCGGCUGCAGCCCUUAGAGAUGUUCAGGCUAGUCGUGGAACUGGUUUGAGUGGAAAGGGGUUUAGUGAAGCCUCAAAAGUCAUUAGACAACCUGACCCGUUUGGUUCUGAAAACCACGAAGAAGAUCUUAGCAAGUGGCAAGACUUCACAGUGAACUUCAAAGCUUGGUUGUUCUAUGGUGAUAGUGGUUUUGAAAGUGACCUUCAUAGAGUCGAGACCAACUAUGCCUCAACUCCAAUAGAGUUUCCUAGAUCCGAGCCCAAUGACGUUCAAGAAAGAUGCAAGCAGCUUUUCAACAUCCUUACGGGGAUACUUCGUGGCAAGCCGUUGCGGCUACUGCGCCAAACUUCUGAGAGAAAUGGUUUCGAGGUUUGGAGAAAGUUGGUGCAACUCUUUUCACCAAAGACCAAAAGCAGGUCGAUUUCCUUGCUUGCUGCGUUGAUGAAUAUUCCAGCCUUCAGUCUGAAGGACAAAACCCUGAUGGACCAGAUCUUAGGCCUUGAACGCUUGAGAACUGAAUAUAUGAGAUCUUCUGGAACUGAUGUGGCUGAUGACCUGAUGUUGAGCAUCCUGGUCAAGUCGUUGCCAAAGGCAUUGCAGACCCACAUUCAGCUGCAGAUGACAGAGCACUCAACGUAUGCCCAGGUCAGGGAACUUGUCCUCAGCUACGAGUCAGUGACGACUACAUGGAGCGCUGGUCGAAUUCAUAGUGAACUUGGCAUUUUGCCAUCCAGCUCUACGGCUUCUUCUCCUGCCUACAAUGGCCCUGCCCCCAUGGAAAUUGACCGGUUUGAGAAAGGCAAGAAGGGCAAAGGCAAGGGAAAGCACAAAAGUAAAGACUCUUCGUUUUCCAAAGGAAAGACCAAGGGUAAGUUUGACAAAGGUAAGGGAAAGAGCAAACAAGAUGUUUCAAAGCCACGUGACGAAUAUAGGCGUCUUGUGGUCAGCCAGAACCUCAAGAAAGUUUUGAAGUUACUCAAGCGUGCGCAGUCGCGCAUGACAGGAAACCAAGAGACUGAUGAGAGCGAGUCUGUUGGAGAAAAUGAUGAAGAAGAAAUGAUUGAGACGGAUGCAGAAGUCGAGGCCAGAUACAAAUCAUCAGAGCUUUGUGAAGUUUCAGAUCCUGAACUGUGGAUGCACUUCAAUCAUGGUGAAUCCCCUCUCUUCUCUUCCAAUGCUUCUGAGGAUCAACCUACUGGCCACAGUGAAGCUUCUUUGCACCAGCAAAUGGCCGAGACGAAUGCUUUGCUUCUUGCUCGUGAACAAAGACUUGAAGCUGAAUGGGAUGAAGCUGAGAUGCGCAAUGAUCGAGAGACCAUGCAUGAGAUCGAAAACAUGAUCAUCGAGACCCGCAACUUGCGCUACAGCAUCUAG